AUGGCUUACAACCCAUAUUUUGAUAUGCAAUAUCAAUCGAAAAGUGCAAAUCAAAAUAAUGGUUAUUUUGUCUCUGAUUCAGAUUCAAAUUACAAUAUGUAUCAAAAGAAAACUAGUUAUGAUAGGGAAAAUUUUGAAAAUUAUCCUAACAUACCAGAAAGAUCAUACUAUUCAAACAACCAAAUUCAACUAGAAAAUAGAUAUCAACCUUCACAAGGAUAUACAAGAAAUAAUAAUGUAAACGGUUAUCAAAGCAAUAAUAUUUUACCAUACUAUUAUUCAAAUGAAUAUAAUCCAUUUGUAGCAAGAAACAAUUACCCUAAUACUUAUUACAUUCCAUAUAAUAUACAAUCACCUAUUCCAAGAAAUUAUUAUGAAAAUAAUGGAAAUAUACGUCAAACCUCCACUUAUCAAAAUGGAGAAAAUAAAAAAAAUAAUUAUCAAAAUGAUGAUCAAAAUAGAAAAACAGUAUAUAAUGGUAAAAUGGUAACAGGCCAACGCAAAAAUGAAGAUGAGGAGUAUGAACAAGAAGAAAAUAAUUAUAAAGGAAGAAACAAUGAAAUAAGUAAUUAUAAGGAAAACACAAAUAACUAUAAAGGAAAUAGAAAUGGAGGAAGCAAUUAUAAAGAAAGUAUAAAUGAAGCAAAAAACUAUAGGGGAAAUACAUAUGAAGCAAAUGAUUAUGAAGAAAACGCAAAUGAAUUAAAUAAUUACAAGGAAAAUAAAAAUAGAGCAAAUAAUAACAAUGAAAAUACAUAUGAAGAAAAUGACUUUGAAGAAAAUACAAAUGAAUCACAUACUAAAAAGAAAAACAAAAAUGGAGCAAAAAAUAACAAGGAAAAUACAUAUGAAGUAAAUGACUAUGAAGAAGAUACAAAUGAAUCACAUACUAAAAAGAAAAAUAAAAAUGUAGCAAAAAAUAACAAGGAAAAUACAUAUAAAGAUAAUGACUCUGAAGAAGAAACAAAUGAAUCACAUACUAAAAAGAAAAAUAAAAAUGGAGCAAAAAAUAACAAGGAAAGUACAUAUGAAGAUAAUGACUCUGAAGAAGAAACAAAUGAAUCACAUACUAAAAAGAAAAAUAAAAAUGGAGCAAAAAAUAACAAGGAAAGUAGGUAUGAAGAAAAUGAUUCUGAAGAAAAUACAAAUGAAUCACAUACCAAAAAGAAAAACAAAGAUGAAGCAAAAAAUAACAAGGAAAAUAAAUAUGAAGUAAAUGACUAUGAAGAAGAUGAAAAAAAAUCAAACAAGAAAAAGGUAGCAUCAAAAUCAAGUGAAGAUGACAAAGAUUCAUCAUCAUCAGAAGAAGAAGAUGAUGAAAAAUCAGAAACAAAAUACCAAAAUUCAAAAAAAAACAAUUCAAAUAAAAGUGAAGAAGAAACAUCUGAAAAAAACAGUGAUGAUAUGGAGGAUAAGACAAAAAAAAGCAACAAACAAAGUUAUAAUAAAAAAUCAAAAAAUGUUAAUGAGGAUAAUAAUGAUAACACAAACUAUGAUUUUGACUACGAAAGUUCAGGAGAUUUCAUUUUUAGUUAA